AUGCCUGGUCGGUGGGUAGGAGGAAAAGGCAGUAUCGCUGCGCCCACCAAGGAUCUCAUCUUGGAGGGCAAAGCGUAUACUGACGAUGGAGAUCCGCGAGGCACAGUCCUCGUCCGUGUGAAGCGGAUCUAUGCCCCAGGAGCCUUAGGGCGAUUUUUCCUGGGUGACUACAUCAGCGCUUCUGACAAGGAGUACAGGUCCUGGACGGAGACAAAGAAAGGAAGGGUGACCACAGUGGAUGGGUCAUACCACCUUUGCAAGACCUCGCCGGGCGAAUGCGUCGCGACAGGCCAGCAUAGCAUAACGGUGCACCUGGGCCAGUGGAGAGUUUGGAAAGAGGCUGAACUUCUGGCUGGGCAAGCGCCUGAAGGAUACAACCGAGAAGCAAAAGGCCUGAUCACACGAUACCUCAAACAAGGAGAUGAUGCAGCUGGCAAGCCAGCUGACUCUGGCCUCCCUUGGUCACGUCAGGGCGUCCUGGACCUGAAAAAGAAAAGGGAGAGAUCACCGGAUGAGAAGCCGGCCAGUCCCAAAGAAAAGGAACCGAAGGAUAGAGACAGAGCUGCUAAGGUGACUAAGAUCACUGAGCUGGAAAAGAAAUUGAAGGAGCUUAAGAAGGAGCUCCGCGAGGAGGAUGAGCCUGAAAAAGCAGGCAAGAGGAAACAGCCGGCCUCAGCGAAGGACCGUGGCAGGAGCAAAAAGAAAGUCAAGCCCUUCGACAAAGGCGGGCUGGGUACCGGAGACACGAAUGAGAUGGGAGCCGAUUGGGGCUCAGUGGAGGAGUCGUCAGAGAAGGGCUCAUCUGAUGAGUCUAUGAGUGAUACAAGUUCCAAGCGAUCCAAACGAAAGAAGAGGCAUUGCCGGACUGAGUCCGAGUCUGACCAAAAGAAAAAGAAAGGCCACAAGGCUGCAGAGGUAUGCUCAGCGGUAUCCGGGCCGGCUGGCAACCCGACUCCUGGAGAAGAUGGAGCGGGCAACAAGGUUCGAGGGGGCGAUAAACGCAACCGGACAAAAGACGAAGGCGGUCCGACCGUGCGCCGUCAACUACUUCCUGACAAUACUGGCGCCCUCGUUGAAGGACAGGUGGACAGCCCGAACGCAACGGGAAAUGCGAGUGGGGGCCGAGAUCCUGGACUGCCUAGCGGCAGGGGGUCACACGCAGCAGACAUACAAGCACAAAGGCUAAAAGCCUUGGAGCAGUCAGUCCAAGACGCGAACUCAUGGAAAAAGGCCAAGUUUUUGGAACUAGUGGCAGAGGACACGGGGAUGACAGACAAAGGAGAAGAACAUAUGAUGAGCAAGGAGCUGGAGCUGGAGGAGAAGUUCAAAGGAAAGCCCCAAGCAACGAGUCGUUGGGAGGAAGGGCACACCGCCAACAAAGGGAAGGAAGGAAAGGGGUCAGGCAAGGUGAAAGGACGAGGGAAAUGGAAGACACCGGCUCAGGAGGCGGUGGACAAGAAAGGAGCGGAACCGGCACUUUGUGAGGAAGAAGAGAACAGCUCUCAAGUCAUCCCGGGCCAGACCCACAACAGUGAACUGCUGCGGUCAGCGCUGGAAGGCCAGAUCCGCUUCUCGCAGAUGGGGACAGUUAUGGUUGACUUGAUGUCACAGUUGAGGACCCCACUGGGGAAAUUUUGGAAAGCGUUUGAUUCCCACGCUGCGGCCCAAGGUGAGCCCGCUGCUCACAACGAAGUCCUACCAAUCAGCCUGACCGCUAUCCAGGGUUGCCGCCAAUGGCGAGAAGGGCUGAAAGACUGGCUAUUGUUGAUCUGUGGGGCCUUCAAUUACCAGUACUGCUCAGGCUUCUCUAGCCCCAAAUACUUGAGGCAUCGCCGAGACCUCUCGAGUAAGCAGAUGUUCUUGUUGGAAAACCACCUCAAGCCUGCGAUCGAGCGUUUGUUGGAGAAGGACACCAUAGUCCCCUCACCCGAUGAGAUCAGAGAGGAACUGGGGAGGCAUGGCCACAACUAUGAUGGUACCACCUAUGUUGUAAUGGAAGAGUUGGACUUUGAAAAGGUGGUUGAGUGUUGGCCUACCAGAGACCAGGCCGCCGUAGCCCCCUUGGAGGAUUUCCUGAAGGGUGAUACUCUUGCUCAUCUUAAGGCCCCCAUGCAAAGCAUACUCCCACCGGAAGAAUGGCCAAAGGAUAUCCCAAAGAGCUACGUCAGAGCCUCUGAUGAGACAUGGCGCAAGCUGGUUGAAGAGGGGUAUCGUCGGGGUCUUUUUCAAGCCUGCCCUGAGGCAGAAGUGCUGACGGAUCCCACGGGGAGGAAGAUCUUGAAUGGAGCUGGGGCAGUACAGAAGCUCAAAGGAGACCGCUGCCUCCAGCGGUUUAUCUCGAUCUUCUGCCCUUUGAAUAGUGUCAGCAAAAAGAUCACAGGGGACGAAGACACCCUCCCCUAUGUUGGGCAAGUCAACCUUUUGUUUGUGCCAGAGGAGGCCGAGGUCGUCAUAGACUCGGAAGAUAUGGCAUCGGCUUUCAACCUCUUUGAAAUGCCCAUUGGAUGGAGAGGGCUCUUCUGCUACGAAAAACAGGUACCCGCGCAUGCCCUGGGACUUGAGGGUGACGCUCCAACUUAUGUUUCCCUGCGGACAGUCCCAAUGGGCUGGAUUUCAGCAGUUGGCAUUGUCCAAGCAGCCAUCAGACACCUAGCCUUCGAAGAAGCUGGUCUGCCCCUUGAAGCGGAAGUUCAAAAAUGGAUGGAGCUACCGGCGGGCGACAGACUGUUGCUCUACUUGGAUUCGGUGGAUCAGUUGCGGAUAGUUUCCAAACCUUUAGCAAAACUUUGUGCCGGAGAGAACUCCGAGGAACACACGCGGUUCAAGGAGGCGUGUAUCAGAAAGGGGUUACCAACGAACGCAGCAAAGUCGUUGGCAGGGUCACUGAAGGGCUCCCUGCAGGGAGGAGAACUGCGCUCCGAAGAAGGAGUCUUUAUGCUGCAGGAAACCAGGAUGAAGUGGGACGUCGGAAUGGCGGCCUAUCUUCUGAGCCAAGCAAACUGGAACCCACGAGAAGUGGCAAGCACCAUUGGCCGCUUGGUCUUUGCAGCUGCCUUUCGCCGGCCACUUCUGGCUGUGAUGGAUGAGUUAUUCCAGUUCGUACGCCACUGGAAAGAAGGCAAACCGACAGCGACCCAGGUUGAUGAGCUGGUCUCAAUGUUGGCACUGCUGCCGCUGGCCUUCACAAACGUGAGAGCCUGCGUGUAUGGCAAACUCAGUGCCACCGAUGCAUCCCCCACAGGAGCAGGCUCUUGCAUAGCGGGGCAAUUGAAAAGACCUCGUGAUGUGCCCAACCCCAAGCAACUGGCCUGUGGGCAGUGUCGUGGGGACAUGACAGAGCUGAUGGCCAGCGGUGAGGAUGUUGAAUGCCCCUUGCACUGUGGAACGCGGCUGUGCUCAAUGGAAUGCUUCUUGGAGCACCGUUCCAGCUGUGAGAAUGCCGCAAAGCCCCUGCCGCUUUUCAGUGAGCGAUGGUCUGGUGAGCAAAGCCCCUUGACAAAAGCCAUGUUGCAAGAAGGUUUUAACGUGGCGCGUCCCUUCGAUGUAAAAGUCAGUCCUUUGAUGGACAUCUUCUCCCAAAGCGGCAGAGCUAUUUGGGAUGACCUGGAUGCGCAGGACGCCGAUGUGGAGCAUCAUGCACCCGACUGCAAGAGCUUCAGUCGUGCCAGGGGAAGGCCGUUUUGCAUUGAUGGGCAGUGGUACAAAGGACCCCCUGCCCUGCGAGAUGAACGCCAUGUCAUGGGCUUUCCAAAUGUGAGAGGGCAAGCAGCUGUCCAAGUGCGGCACGGGAACAGGAUGGCCCUUCGCAGCAUCAAACGCUGCACUGAGCGCCAUCACCAAGGGCGCAUCUUCUCCUUAGAACACCCUUGGAGGAGUUUCAUCUGGUAUAUGACUGCUACGACGGAGCUAGCAGCUCUACCAGGGGUGUACAUGGCCACUUUCAGCAACUGCUGCUUCGGAGGCCAUCGCCAGAAAUGGACCGCCCUCUUGACCAACAGCCGGGCCCUAUUCGAGGCAUUGCAUAAGCCCGAAUGUGAGCAUGGACUGGUCCAUGACUACCAGCCCUAUUUUGAUGACCAGGGCACCCUUCGAUUCCCAACGGAGGACGAAGCUGAAUACCCUCCAGGCCUGGUAGAGGCGUAUGCGCGGGCCAUCAAAGCAGACUUUCAACAGAACCAACAGUGGCCGGAGGAUGAACCCUUCCGUGUGUCUCAGCUCGCAGCAGAGUUGGAGAAGUACGGGCGUUUCCAAGAUGAGGAGCUACGCCUCAAGGUGGCAGCACGAGUGUUCGAAAUGGAACAGGGUCUGGUCGCAGGUCAGGAAAACAAAGCCCGAUACCACCUGCUGAGAAAUGGCCACUAUCGGGGCACGGACAUCCGGUUCGCCGUGGAACAUCUGGCACAACGAGAGAUGGUCCCCUACCCAGCAUACCGCUGGCUAUGGCGUGACACGCUUACCUUUCGGUGGAAACAGGAAGCUCACAUAAAUGAGCUUGAAACACAAGCGCUAAUCGCGCACGUUCGCCGUCUUCUACGUGAAGAUGAGGUCAAGCAAGUUAGAUUGAUGAUUGUCGUCGAUUCCCAGGUGCUCUUCUAUGCCAUUGGAAAAGGGCGCAGCCCUUCAAAACGCCUGAACAGGCUUAUGCGCAGGCUUACUGCCCUUCAGUUGAUGGGCGACCUCUACGUGCUUCCCAUCUGGACACUGCGCAGCUACAAAAAGGCCUUGCUGGGCUUUUUCCAAUGGCUUGAUGAUGAGGACCUUCCUAUCCCUGCCAAGGCAACCCAUUUGGAUGACCUUUUGGCAAGGUACCUAGAGCAUCUGUGGUUGGACGACAUUAACAUCACCUAUGCUGGGCACACUUUGAGUGCUCUUCGCCGUUUCUACCCGCCUUUGCGGUAUAAAAUCCCUACAGCCCGGCAAUUUUUUACCAACUGGAAAAGUGUUCACGUACCACGGCAGGCGGUUCCUAUGCCUGCAAAUGUGGCUCUUGCCUUGGCUGGGGUAGCAGUCUCCAUUCAAGAGGAAGCGCUCGGGCUGCUUAUUUUACUUGGUUUCACAGCGUUUUUACGCACAGGAGAGAUCACUGCCCUUCGACCUCAACAGAUCCAAGUCAAUAUUCAUUUGGGGCAGAUUAUCCUUGCAUUGCCGGCCACCAAGACUUCCAAAAAUAAAGAUGAGAGUGUGGCCGUGAAUGACCCUUUGUUGGCGCGUUUCACUUUGCACGUUUUAGCUACAGCCUCGGGUCCUACGCUGGCAAACCUGACACCCAACCAAUUUAGGCUGAAGUGCUUAGAUUGGGAGGGUGCCAGGAUGGUCAAAGCCUGGCUUGCCGAGGCGGUAGGUUCGCAACGAGAGUCGCAACGAUUACGCACAGGCUCAGUCGUUGAGCAGAUCGAACUCGAUGGGGAUCGUCUUCACUACAAGCUGUUAGAAGGUUCAGGACCUCUGCAGGGCUGGGUGAGCAUCAACUCGGGCGGCCGGGAGUUGCUGCAGCGCACGGUGCGCCGCCGAUCUUCGGGUGCCGUUCCAGGGAGCUGCACCAAGGAGUUUCUGCGCAAGGCGGCCUCACAAGUGGCACAAAUGGACAUCCUUGCUGUUGCUCUCAACGUGGCUCCGACAGUGCAGACAGGGCCCAGAUUUCGGGUUACAAAGGUUUGCAAUGAGACCCUUCUGGAGAUCGCUCCCAGCGAGACAGCUGUGAGUCUGGAGGAUUUCUGGCCCAGUGAUUGCUCUUUGGAUUCCAAUCGACAGCACUAUCUCUACUGGGCCAUUGUUUGCAGUUCUUCGUGCGACACCUGGACCAUGGCCCUGGCGUUGACAUUAAAAGAGCUCUCCGACUAUGGCAUCAUCCUCACACAUGAAUCCCGACCUGUGACCAACAUCGUGGUGCUCAACACACCCACCAUGGAUGUGGGCGACCUCUUGCCAACAGCAGUGGAGUUGCUGGAACCAGAAUCCGGUGCAAGAGUUUCUAUGUUCAGCACCCCAGCAUCGCAGUUGGCCUUGAAGUUGUUGGGGCCAGAAGUUCAAGAAAGAUUGGGCUGGGGCGUUUCUCCAACCUUCACGGAGGAGCUUAGGGACAACUUUGUGGAACGUUUCGGGGAGACUUCUCUGACGGAGACCGUCCCACACUGGUGGAUUGCAGCCAUUGUCCAAGGUGUGUAUGGUGCGUACAUGGUUCACAUUGACUUGUGCGGUCCCGCGUAUGGUACCUUCUGCCGCAGUAGAGGUUUCACUUUGCCGGGGAAGGAGUUGACACUGGAUUCCUUUAUCACUCCCUGCUACCUGAUGACACCUUACCACAGACAGCAGACAUUUAUGGUGCAUCCUGAAACCAUGGACUACGUUCCAAAUGAUGCAAAGUUCACCUCGGUGCAAGAAAUUCGCCACCUGCGCUGCUUCUACCAAGGGCACCCAGGUUAUGUCACUGCCACUCCUUUGCCUAGCUUCGUUGAUGGUGAGAAAACCACCUCGUGGCUGCGACUGCGUUCGCCCUCGGAAGAUGCCCUGGACACGGUGCAGUCGUGGAAGGAUGGGUUGCAAUCCAUUGCUUCAUUUUUCCGAGCGCAGAUUUUUAAGACCCUGGAGCCUGGGACCUAUGUGGAGGUGGACGACUCUUGUGAAAAUGAGACAUUCAAAGGGCGCCUGGGCAAAGUGCUUCCCGACGCCAACGGUGAGGAAUAUUUGUUGCAACUGAAUGGCCUAGCGGAACCGGCGCGAGUUCAUCCCAUGGAGUUGAAAUUGUAUCCCAGAUAUGUGCAGUAUUUGACACUGGCCGAGAUGGGCGAGUUGGUUGCCCUCCAGUUGGCCCUGCAGCCAGAUCAAAGGUAUAUGCCCAGCGAGCUCAUCGGUUAUUUAAAGAGGGAGCUGCGCUGA